CGGCCUCGUAACAAAUCUCACCCAUGUCGAGUCGAGCGCGAGAGACAGGAGCGUAAGCUUGUCCGCGAUCGUUCGUCCGCGUUCGACGGCUCUUUCGAAUAGCGUGCGUGUGCGAUCGGUCGAUGGCACGGUCGGGAAAAUAGUCGUAUCUCUCCCAGCGAGGUUCGAAAAGUAAGACACGGAAAGAGUGGCGACCGAGGUGUAACAGAAAGACCGCGAGGAAGACUUGCUCGGUGUUAAUCCGGGCUCGUGUGUGGGCACACAAUAGCCGAACGGGCAUACUGGUGGUGACACGACUGCGGACUUUUCCUUAGACGAGGACCAAGAACAUACGAGACUCGCCAAGUGCACGGUGACCGUGUGUGCGUGUCACCGGGAAAACAGUUUCAGAGCCGCUACGGCGGCGCUCCCCGAAUCGUAACCACAGGAAUCAAGUUCGUGGCGGUGGUGAGGCAGGCCUGUCGCGGUCUGUCUAUCGGGCCACGAGAGAUUGAAACGGUACGAUCGCACGCGGCGGGGCCGUUUGUAAUGGAGGUGGUUUACGAGUGUGUUACCGUGCAAGUGAACAGGUCACGGCGAUGCACGCCGUAUUGACUGAGACGCGACAUUUAUCUGUGACUGUUUCUCCCGGCCGGCCGGGUGAGAAGAAAGCCAAGUUGAAAUUGAUAUGGAAUCGUCCAGGAUCUUCGACGCGACGAACACUCGCUUCCGUCUGUGAUAACCACUAGCCGCAUAGAAACAGGUAGAAACCAGAAGAAGAAUAUAAAGAAAAAAGAAGGGAAAAAGAGAUAUACGUGCAAGCGUUUGCGCGCGUGUUACUCUUCCUUUCCGCACCUUUCUUCGCUUCGGUAUCGAGUGUAAACAAUUUCUCACGAAAUCUGCUUGGAGGUUAGGAUAGCAUGGGGAUUGAUCCCCUGAAGGCAUCGACCGACGGACCGUGACACCUGCGACUCGCCGCGUACACGGUGUGUGUCCCUUGGGUCUGUGGGUGUGUGUGUGUGCGUGCGCGUGUAUCCCCAGGAAGCCGCUCGAGUGAUAUUUCCAUCGGCGGUUGUCCCGAGGGAAGUACACGAAAAGAAAAAUAUGUCAAGAAUGGGGAUCGAUCCCCGAUACGACAACGUACGACGUCGCGAACACUGAUAAUCGACCGGGGGGGGUUUGUUGUUCGACCUGUCCCAGGAGGGAGAGUAUUUCGAGCGUGUUCACAGCAGUUGAACGGACUGUCGCGGGAUAUAUACUCUGCCACGACGGUGGACACUAACGUAGCAAAAUGCAGAAAAGGGACGGCAGAGAUACGCGCGAGAAGGAGCUCGCGCGUAACUCUGAACGCGAACAGGAAGCCGCCAAGAGGACCUCCCGUGGAAGCGGUAACGCCGCCAGAUCCAAUGUGCAUUCCUCGAGGCACAGUGGCACGUCCUCGGCCACCCUGGUACAGAUGGUGGGUCCCAACUUCCGCGUCGGCAAGAAAAUCGGCUGUGGCAACUUCGGCGAACUCCGACUCGGGAAGAAUGUCUACAAUAAUCAGCACAUAGCUAUUAAAAUGGAGCCGAUGAGGUCGAAGGCACCGCAACUUCAUUUAGAAUAUAGGUUUUACAAAUUAUUAGGUACCCACGUAGAGGGUAUACCGGAAGUAUAUUACUUCGGCCCAUGCGGGAAAUUCAACGCCAUGGUGAUGGAGCUGCUUGGCCCGAGUCUGGAGGACCUCUUCGAUCUCUGCGGGAGGAGGUUUACGCUGAAGACAGUUUUGAAUAUCGCCACACAACUCCUCCAUAGGAUAGAGUACGUUCACAGUCGUCACCUGAUCUACCGGGACAUCAAGCCGGAGAACUUCCUGAUAGGACGAUGCACAAACAAAAAGGAGAAGGUCAUUCACAUCAUCGACUUUGGAUUGGCCAAAGAGUACAUAGACCUGGAGACGAACAAACAUAUACCCUAUCGAGAACACAAAAGCCUUACGGGCACGGCGCGUUAUAUGAGUAUCAACACGCAUCUGGGAAAAGAGCAGAGUCGGAGAGACGACUUGGAGGCCCUAGGGCACAUGUUCAUGUACUUCCUGCGUGGUACUCUGCCGUGGCAGGGGCUGAAGGCUGACACCCUGAAGGAACGGUACCAGAAGAUAGGCGACACGAAGCGGAACACCCCUAUCGAGGUUCUCUGCGACGGUCACCCCGAAGAGAUGGCCACCUACUUGCGAUACGUGCGCAGACUGGACUUCUUCGAGAUGCCCGACUACGAAUACCUGCGGAAGCUCUUCAGCGAUCUAGCGGAGAAGAGGGGUUUCGUCAACGACGGCGAGUUCGACUGGACCGGCAAGACGAUGCCAGAAAACUUCGAACAACUUAAAGCUCUUCGGAUGGCUCCUCCCUCUCACGUUGGGAAGACCAAGUCCGACGAGACUACGCCUGUCGGAUCGCUGCAGACCGGACAGGAGAUUAUCGUAUCGCCGAAUCGCGAUCGACAUCCCUAUAAGGAUGCGACAGGUGCAGGGGUGGGAGGAGAGGGCGGUAAAGGGGUGGGAACCACGUGGCCAGAUACUUUGAAGCAAUCUGGAGCUGGUGGUACAUUGACACCUGCUGACAGGCAUGGUUCGGUACAGGUGGUGUCCUCAACGAACGGGGAGUUGCAAAACGACGAUCCCACCGCAGGACACUCGAACACACCGAUUACAGCACCUCAAGAAGUGGACAUGGUCGACGAAACCAAUGUUGGCUUUAUUUACAGAUGCUGUUGCUUCUUCAAACGGAAGAAGAAGAAAAGUGGAAGGCAAAAGUGACUGUUCUCCUCGUUCACGAGGUGGCACUACAGUGCGUGUGUAACAGUGAGGAUGAAGUUUGGAAGAAGGAACGUAUCGCAGCGGCAGUGCGAAUCGGUGAACGCGACGGGACCACCGCGACCAGAGAAGCUGCGGCCGAUGCGGGAAGGAGGGCAGCCGUUACCUAGCUACGUGCCGGAAGUCGGUCCGCUUCUUGAGAUUCGGUGCUGCACACCAUCGCCACGAUGACACGCCCGUAGCCACCGUUAUCAAAUUAAAUCACCACACAGCCAUCAUUAUUACUGCUAUUAUUAUUACCAUUAUUAUUAUCAUUACUAUUGUCACGAUUAACUUUUGCUCUUCUUCCUUUCCUUCUUACGUUUAUUAUUAUUAUUAUUAAUAUUAUUAUUAUUAUUAUUAUUAUUAUUAUUAUUACUAUUAUGAUUAUUAUCACGAUUAUUGUAUUAUUAUUUUAUUAUUAUUAUUGUCAUCGUCUAUGAUUAUCAUUGUCAUAUCUCGUUUACGAUCGUCGUUUAUUGAAUCAACAGUCGUUGUUAACGAUAUAUACAUACAUACUUGUAACUCGUCACCGUUGAUUAAGGACAGUUCCCGUGGCCGUCGUCGUCGGCCCCGACGAACAUUCAGUACUGGCAAAAAUCCGGUGUCCAUCACCAACGUACACGUAAGAAGUAAGGAAUUGACGUGCCGAUGGUGAAAGAACGCGUUUGUGCCUACGACACUAUUAAUCAUGUACCGCCGGCUGGCAAAUCAUUCAACAACCAACGCCGAUUACUGCGAAAUUAAAACUAAAAAAAAAAAAAAAAAAAAAUAGAAAAA